UAAGGCCUUAAAGCCGUCAAAAAUGACAAGUCAAACAAAGGAAGAGCUGCACUUGGAGCGGCAAAAUCACUUUCUUUUGGUGAAAAUGUUAAAAAGAGUAGAAGCCAGAAGACACUUUCGAAGCUCAUAGCCUUAGAUAGAAGAAGCAUCAAGUCGGGAAUUGAGAAACGCGAAAUGAUCUUGAAAGGUGAAGAGCCAAGCUGGCUUGAAACCAAACGAAAAACCAGGCGGGAUGCAGUCACUGAAGAAACCAAAGAGGUUGUUUAUGAUUACUGGAAAAUGGUGGCAAGUAGACUGACAGGAAACAAGAAAGACUUGAUAAGAAAACAAGUUGGAGUGAAAACGUGGGUUGAACAUCUGAAACACGUGCUUGAAAAAACCCAAACGGAAGCUUACGUUGAGUUUGCAUCAAUGCACCCAGAGAUAAAGAUAUCUCAGCGAAAAUUUCAAAACCUGAAGCCUUAUUUUGUUAGGGGAGCAAGGGAACGAGAUAGACAGACCUGCAUGUGUCGCCAGCACGUUGAACUUCAAAUUGUCUUCAAAGACUGCAUGAAGUUUAGGAAGAGAGUGAUCGAUGAAAGCAGAGAAGCUAAUCAAGCAGUUACAGAAGUGUAUACCUCAGUUGGAAAUAUUAUUGAACAAACACUUUGCCCCAAACCUGAAGACCAAGACUAUCAUAAAUUGAAAUGCUUGAAAAGGGAGUGCAGAGACUGUGGAGUUCACAACUUGGUUUUGCUGCCAGAGGAGAAAGGUGUUGGCAAUCACGAAGUGAAAUGAAAGCGGUACGACUAUGUGUCAACUGGAAAACUUACCACUGAAGGAAAAGACAUGAAAAAAAUAGCCCUUGUUGAGAAGUGCACAGGACCAAAGGAACUGUUCGAUUAUUUCAUUCAGCUUUUAGGACAGUUUCCUUACCAUUCCUUUCUUGCUAAAUGGCAAAGGGAACAGCUAGAUUCCCUUCUUGAAAACCUUCCUCUUGAUCAAGCCGUGUGCAUCCAUGACUAUUCUGAGGGUUAUGAAUUUUACAAACAAAUUAUUCAUCAUUGGCAAGAAAUCGUGUCUACGACACUUCACAGCAAGACCGAGAUACUGUCUCAGACAAUCUGGAACAACAAAUUCAUUAUGAUUGAAACAAAAAUGGUAUAUCCCCUCAUUGGCACCAACGGGUAUAAAGCCAAUUUCAGACCUUUUUGACGAGCAUGAAAAUUGCUUCCAGCCUUUCCUUUCCUUACGCAAUAAAUACACGCUAAAUUGCAACUUUUUACAAUAUCGUGGUCUUAUAUCCACGAUCCCUCAAAGUUGGAAGAAGCUCCUUCACAUUAAUUCUGGUGACUCUACAACACCCCCCCCCCCACCAAUCUGUACUAUAAAGUGCAAGAUGUUAUAUGACAAACUGUUAACCUUUGAAAAUCUUCCUCCUCCCACUUC